CAAAACAGUGGCACAGCACAGCACACUCAAAUCUGACCACGGCAGGACAAUGCAUCCCCAGGAGCAGCUAGCAAGGGAGGUGGAUGGAUGGGAUAUCGACCCCCGUUUGAUAUAACCUUGUACUCCUUGAAAAGAAAUUUGAUAGGAAAAAAAAAAGAGAAAAGAAAGAAAAAAAGGAUUAGUUGGCAGUGAGAAGGGAAUUGAGUGCAAGACAGCAGGUGAUGUGUUAAGAUAGUUGGCAAAAAAAUGUGUCAGUGAAAAGAUGGCAAGCAAAGCUUCUAGUUGAAGAGAAGAGAAGAAAGAACGACAUCUUCUUCCAUGAUAAUCAAAUCAAAUCAAAUCAAUUCAAUUAUUUUUUCUUUAUUUUUGAUUUUUAAAAAUAAAAAAAAAAAGUUACACAGAGAGAGGGAGUAAUAGAUUAUGAUUCAAAAGCAGUUGGCAGUGGUUUAGUGUGUCUCCUCCAAUUUUAUAUUUCUUAUACCAUUUUUACCUGUAAAUUUGGAGCAGGCAAGCAAAUCUAUCUAACAUUAUCUCUUUCUGAUCUUCAAAGAUUUAUCCUCCUUUCUAUAUUUUUUUACUGUGAUUUCUGCAACAACAACAGCAUCAUUUAGUGGGUCUGGUAUGUGAAGGAAGUAAAUCAUCAAAAAGGGUUUCUGUAAUUACAACCCAUUUUUCAUGAGUAGAUAGAAAAACUGAAGCUUGAUGAAACCCCCCCAACUGGGUUUAAGUUUAAACUGCAUUAUUGUAUGAAACCCCCAACUGGGUUUGAUUAUUAAACAACAUUUAAAGGUUGUUUGUUUGGACUAAAUUCAUGAUUAAUAUGAGUAGAGAUGAUGUAUGAAAGAACCCCCAAUCCCAUUUGUUUAUUUAACAAAAGAAAAGGGAAUCUGCUUUCUUUUAAUAAUUUUGUGGUGUGAGCUGUUAAACUAAAUGUCAUUUCUUUACUAGUUUGUCUGUCUGCUUUGUGCUCUGAAAGGUUUACUUUCUUGUCUAUUAGGUGCAUUUGUUUUUUAACAUGACUGAUCACAUAAGCUUAAUAAUCUGAUUAAAAAGUAAGGGAGGAGGUGGUGAUAUUAUUAGUAGUAGUAGUGGUGGUGGUGGGUAGUCUAGAGAAGAAGAAGAUUAUAUGCCCUUCUGCUUGAUAUCAUCUUUUCUUUCUUUCUUUCUUUCUUUCUUUUUUCAUUUCAGUAUAUUGGAUUCUGAAACCUCAGUUGGUUUUGUUGCUUUACUUUAAAGCUGCAAAGGUUACUUGUUUCUUUCUUGCUUUCUUUGUUGAGUCCUUCACAAAAUUUACUAUCUAUUCUUUUUUGUCAAACCUACUUUUGCUUUAGUUUGGGCAACUUUUCUUUUAAGUUAAACUGUUUUUCAACUUAAUCUUGGUUGCAUUAUCUUGGUACUAGUGUGAAAUUUGAGACUAAUUAGAGAGGGGGAUUUGAGUUUUGGAUCAUGGGUUCUGAUGAUAAUUGUGAUUUAGGUCUUCAACAAAGUCGAGGAGGUGGAAGUCUUUUGAGUUCUCCAUCUUCUGGGAUUUAUACAAAUCCACAGUCUGGAAAGGUUACAAUGUCUUUAGGGGAAACCUCUAGUGGUGGAGGAGGGAAUUCGUAUUUUGGUACUUGUUGGGAUCCAAUGCUUUCUCUUGCUCAUAGUGGUGGUGGUCCUUCAAUGGCUUCUCAACAUCAUCAAAUUCCCAUUUCUCCAUAUGGUAUGUAUGGAAACCAGGGUGGUCAUCCUGUUCAGUUUCCGAAUGAUCCUAGAUUUAUUGGAUUAGCACCGAAACUUCCUUGCUUUGGUAGUGGGAAUUUUUCGGAAAUUGCUGGUUCAUUUGGCGGUUCUGAGCGUAGCCAGAUUGCUAACUCUGGUUGCCCUUCUAAUUACACUUCGAAUAAGGAUGGUAUUGCCGAGAAUAAUUCGAGAAAUUCUUCGCCUGAUGGGAAUAAAAGGAAAAGGGUGCCUGAUUACAACUCAAGCAAGAGUCCUCAGGGUCAAUUCAGUUCUGUACAGAAUGAGACUGACACAGAGCAACAGAAGGAUGUUUCUGAAGGGGGCCUUGACGAUUCGAACGAACAAAAUGAUAAGAAAUCAAAAGCUGGAAAGAACCCUGCAACGAGUUCACGUGGGAAUUCAAAUGGUAAGCAAGCUAAAGAUAAUUCACAAGAUGGUCAAGCUCCUAAAGACGACUGCGUUCAUCUCAGGGCAAGACGCGGUCAGGCAACUAAUAGUCACAGUCUUGCUGAAAGGGUAAGACGAGAAAAGAUAAGCGAACGAAUGAAGCUUCUGCAAGAUCUUGUUCCAGGUUGCAAUAAGAUUACUGGCAAAGCAGUCAUGCUGGAUGAGAUUAUCAACUAUGUUCAGUCACUGCAACAACAAGUUGAGUUCCUAUCAAUGAAGCUUGCCACUGUCAAUCCAGAAGUGAACUUUGAUAUUGACCAAAUUCUUUCCAAAGAUAUUCUUCAUUCAAGAAGUUUAGGCGCAGCUCUUCACGGAUUUGGUCCUGGAGCGACCUCAUCUCUUCAUCCAUCUUUAAAUCCUCUAGCAGGGAUGCAAGCUCUACAAUGUACAAAUCCCCAGCUACCCAACAUGUCUCAGGCGCCGAAUACAUGGGAGGAUGAACUCCAGUCAAUGAUUCAAAUGGGCUUAAUUUCUAACCAAGCUCUUGAAAAUAUGGGAUUAAAUGGUCAUAUGAAGGUGGAGCUGUAGUGGAAUUAGGAAAAGAGUUCAUCUCUUAUAACAAGUAGUGUAUCCAAACAUCAAUGAGUUUCCACGGUUUCUUCCACUGAACUAUUCAACAGAAACCCCAUAAAAAAUGAACUGUUAAAAGGGAAAGAAUUGUUCAGAGUUGUAUAGUUUAUCGCAGCUCCUAAGUUAACCAUUUUGUUCUUCGAAUUUUAGCAGAAGAAAUUAAGUGACAUGAUGAUAGAAGCAAAAAAAAAAAACUGUGUAUAGUCAGACAACAUAGUUCACAGGACCUGGUCAGAGAGAAAAAAAAAUGAUUUCGUUUUGGAGUAAAUUUAUAGGAAGUGUUUAUUAGUAAGAGAGGAGGAGUUUUGUUCAUGCUUUGUGAAGAGAUUUCUGUAUUUUAAGAGUUUUGCUUGCUUAUUAAUUAAGACUUCUAAAAAAUUACUAA